UUGAAAUUUUACAUAAAAACCAGGCUAAAUAAAGUGAAUUGUACACUAAUAAGAAACCAAAGGUUAAGAUACUUCAAAGAGAAAUGGUGAAGUAGACUUUUUUUAUUUGCUGUUUUAAGACUUUUAUCUACAUUUAGCAUAGGACGAGGGUCUGUAACUUUUUCAAUUCUAUGCUGACAUUUUUACUCUCACUCCUUAAAUGAAAUGUGUCCUGAAGAAAUGAGAGAGGGCAGAAGAGAUUAUAUGAGGCAAAAAAACAAACAAACAAACAAUGAAGAACAGAGUUUUAAAAUACUAAGGUCAGCUUUUGUACUUUUCCAGGUAACACUGUAUCUUCCAGUUAUUGUGGAAGGCUUUUACCGAAACUCUUUUUUUUCUCCCUGAUCUGAUUCGGCUUUACAGUCGACUCUUGGUUGCAGUAUCUCCUUUCGCCACUAGGUUUCCCAUCGGCCUAUCAACACUCUCCUCGGUGCUUACGACAAAAUCGGGAAGCAGCGAGCUGCUCGCUUUGUUUUGUUUUGGUAGUAGGAGUUGGAGGACCAGAGGAAGGCCGACAGACAGAGGUCCUCGUGGGGCAGACCUGCUCGCUAAAUGGGGAGAGCUAAAUCGGGGAUGGAAGAUGACGAACCGAUAGCUGACGCCUGCGAGAUGCCGAGCUUUAUAAGCAAUUUCGAAGAGGGAAGGGGGAAAUUGUCCCGCAACCACACGACAGGAACUUCCAUCACGGACGGCGAAGUUGAGAUGCCAGUAGGGGGCCUGAACCGAUCUGUCAUCCGUUCAAACUCCCGGUUGUCCCUCGAUGGAGGCGACGGGAGGACGCGGAAGAGGAGAGGCGAGGGAGAGAGGGAUGCGGAGGGCAACAACAACAACAACUGCAACAGCGGAGGAGUCGGAGCAGCAGGGAGGAGGAGAAGGGCGAGCGCUGUGGAGGUUCUGAGGAGGAAUUUCGGUGAUACCAAGUCGCCCUCUCGCUGUUUUAGUGCAAAAAGUCGGAUGCAGAGCGGAGUGGAAUAUGGAGCCGGCGGAGAAAGUGGUAAUAACGACUGUAAGGACGUGGAUGGAGCAGAAUGUGGUGAGUGUCCAAAGUCGGACGCAGAGACGGGAGGAGCCGGUGGUAAAAACGAGCUGCCUUUAAACGAGUUGACGACUUCAGAUGUUACAGGAGUUAAAUAUUUAAAGGCCAGAGAUAAGUGGCACCCUAAAACUGAAGACGACAACAACACUGUGACUUUAAGUGAGUCGUUUAGUGCCAAAGAGCACGUGUACUGUACGGUAUACUGCAUUGCCAACGACACUCAACGGACAGAUGCUGAAAUCACGGACCGCUACGACGACGCUGUCACAUCUGACGAACCAGAAACAGACUUGGAGACUGUAAAGGUGGAGGACCACGGCACCGAACCGGUACUGUACACGCUGGAUGACCUGGUGGACCCGCUCGGGAACAUAUCCCACCGCCUGGAUGGGGUGCAGGCCGGUGCGGAGAGUCGGAUAGAGGAUUGCCGGGUGUGCCUGGAGGAGAAACCCAUCGCAUCCCUGCUCUGCUGCGGGAAGGCCUUGUGUGAGGAGUGUCUGAAAAUCUACGUCAGCUCCCUGGUGAAGGAGGGCAAUGUUGUCAUCAGCUGUCCAAUCACGGAGUGUACCGGCACCCUGGAGGAGGGAUUAAUAAUUUCCCACUUGAGCAGGGAAGAGGUGGUGAAGUACCGCUACUUUUUGCAGAUGAGUCAGCUGGACUCGAGCACAAAGCCCUGUCCCCAGUGCAGCCACUUCACGUCUCUGAAGGAAAGCAGCACAAACCGCAACGACCACAAGUACAAGAUCCAGUGCAUCAGCUGCCAGUUUGUGUGGUGUUUUAAAUGCCACGCGCCCUGGCACGAUGGAAUCAAGUGUCGCGACUACAUCCAAGGGGACAAGCUGCUGCGAACCUGGGCGAGCGUCAUCGAGCACGGGCAGAGGAACGCCCAGAAGUGUCCACGGUGCAAGAUCCACAUCCAGCGAACAGAGGGCUGUGAUCACAUGGCCUGUUCCCAGUGUGGCACUAACUUCUGUUACCGCUGUGGAGAGCGUUACCGAAGCCUCAGAUUCUUCGGGGACCACAAUUCCAACCUCAGUGUGUUUGGCUGCAAGUAUCGUUUCUUCCCUGACAGGCCCCAUGUCAGGCGACUCCUUAGAGGCUCUGUCUUUGCUGCUAAGUCGCUGUUAGCGCCGCUGGUCUUCGUGCUGAUGAUAGUAGUCGGAGCUCUCGCUCUGGUGAUAGGUUUGUUUGUUUUCCCCGUCUACUACUUUUGUAAAAAGAGGAAGAAGGAGCAGGAGCAGCAAACCCGAGGCUCCGGGCGCUGGAUCUAGCCCCCUCCUUUUCGAGGAAAAGGCCGACACCCACAUCUCCUCAGGGACGGACGCGCCAGCCUGAGACACGAGAAAACUCAGAGGAAGGAUCAGACUUCACAAAACAAACAUGGGCUGCUGGAGUGGUACUUUCUUGGAGCGGAGCGAGCCCUUGACAAUUGCACACCAACACAUGGAGUUUAUUUAUAUUGCAUGAGACCGCUGUUGAAGUAUGAAGGCUGGAUGUCGAAGCAGAAGAGCAACCCAAAUCUAUUUGGACUGAAUUUUGAGGCAACAAGAGCACCGUCGCAUAGUAAAAGAAAAGAAUCGUGGUCAGUUUAUAGCACACGCUCUCCACGUUUGUAUUUAUUAUUAUUGUUAUUGUUUUGCCUCAGAUUUAAUGACAAAUAACACAAUCCAAAUCGAAAAAUGAAGUUUUUUAUGAUUGAAGGAGGCUCAGAGAGUGCUGGAUAAACAAACUUUCCAUAUACUCUUCCUGGGGAUAAAUGCCAUAAUUAAUUCUUGGCUUUGAAAACACAUUUGCACAGUUCUCAGGUUGUCAAGCAGCCCAACUACUGGCUUAAUUCUGGCCCUUUUUUUUUUUUUUUUUUUUGAAUAUCAGAAAAAGGUUUUAUAAUCAGAUGAGGCAGAGACUGAGCUUGUCCGGUCUUAAUUAUAAGAAGUGUCUUUGGAGGAUUCAGGACGAGGCUUUUAAACCUCUGGACUGGUAAAGGAACAAUUCACAAUCAUUAUUAAAGGCCUACAGUUAAAUAGGGCAGCGAUGAUUGUAUGUAAGCGUCUGACCAGAGCCGUCGGAGAGCAGCAGAGACGUGACAGACAAAUUAUUCUCAACGCGUUUCGCUAAUCUGGUCAGGAACGAAAAGUUUUCACUGCGAUUUGAGUCUCACACGGAGGAAGAUGCUGUGAAGAGAAGUCUAGCGAUGCAUGAGAUAAAUUUGGAUCCUAACUUCUCACCAUAAGGUCUGCAAACCUGUCAGGUGUGUGCGCCCAGUUCUAGAAAUUCAGGUUGAGUCCUAAUGAAAACGCGGCAACCCCUUCCACCUGGUUUGUGUUCUGACGCCCCGUCUGUCUUUCCAUCCCUGCUUUUGGCUCUGAUACCAGACGUCAUCCCUGCUCCGCCUGCUUUCUGUGUCAUCAAAAAACAACUACAGAAAAAAAGAAAAAAGGUGGCUGUGCCAAAGCAAAAUGCUGAAUGUGGUGCAACAUUACAAUUGAUCUGGUCGCUGCGUUGUUUUGUUAUCUUUUCGGGUUUAGCGGGUUUUGUACUGUUGCUCUCCCGCUGUUGCAUUCAUUGCUGUCUGAAGCUUUUUCACAUUUUCUCAUGUUGCUAAAUGUUAAGGAGAGGAAAAAUGAUAGAUGGUUAUAGUUUAACAAAAGUGCAUAAAAGGUGUGGCAUGCAUUUAAAGUCUACUUUAUCAAUCUGUGGUACAAUUGUACCACAGAUUGUCUUCAGUCAGAGGCUUCUUCAGAUCUGCUGUAACACAGACUGCUUCAAAAGAUCCUUCCUGCCCACAGCCAUCAUCAUCUGCAGUAAAUCUCUGGAGAAACAUAGAUAUGAGUCACAACAUUCAUUUUCCUUUUGAAAUUAAUUAUUUUAUUAAUAUUAAUUGACACUGUAUUUUACUUAUUGGUAUCAGGCUGAAUGGGCUAAAGGCAAACGUCUGCCACCUUUUUCAGAUGUUCUUUUAUAUACUGCUGACUUCUUAGCUCAAACUCAGCUACCGGAUGCUUGCUGAGGGUCUGUCCCGUGAAAUAAAAAAUAAAAUGGCUUGACAAAAUGUGAAAAAGUUCAAUGGUUCUGUAGUUGUAGUUGUACCUCCUGGGGUGACGAACUUAAAGGUCGAAAUAUCAGUUUAGCGCAGAUGAAAAAGUGCAGAGAACGAUUAAAAAAAAUAAAUAAAUACUGUCCUUUAUAUUUAUCUUAUGCAGCCUGGUUUAGUGCUUUAUCAAUGAGUUCAACAGGGUUUUGUGUAGAGUUAUUAUUUCUAAGAUAGUCAGGUUUCAUAGUGUAAAAGGUGUGAUCCAGAAGGACUGGUUCUUUUUAUGAACCUGAAAUAUUUUUUUAACUUUGAAGGAAGAAUGUAAGAAGAAAGAAUCAAUUUUAAAAGGUCAUCUGACGGUCUCUUAUCGCAGGCUUCUCUCUGAAUUUUAAGUAAGUUUUAUUUAAACAACAAAAAAGAAAGGCUAUGAACAACAAAUUUAGAGUCAUUCACGCAAAUCCUUUCAACGAUCUGCUUUUGUUUCCCUGCUCUCUCGUGUGGAAUUCACUAAAGAAAGCUGAAAAUUGAUGGCCAAGUUGUGUCGCUGCUCCUGUAAAAUCUGUCAGUGUUUUAGCACUGAAUCUACACUCGAGAAGGAUUAAUGACAUCAAUUUAAGUAGAAAAGGCAGGAUUUAUCUUUGUGUUUGUCAAACACUUGUCCGUAAAAAAAAAAAAAAAACAACAUAAAAAUCUAUUAGUUGAGCUUUAACCCAGGGGACAUGACACGUUUUCUACAUCUGGGGGUGUUAAGAAGUGUCAAAUAAAGUUACACUGUAAUAACAGAGUUCACAACGUACACUCUUCAUUAUAUCCCUGCACGAUGCUUUCUGUAGUUUUCAGUAGUCCUAUAUAGGUUUGGGUUGAAUCCUCUCUCAGGGAGUUUGUUUUGUGUUCACUGGACCCAGAUCCCAACCCGGACAUUAGCUGUGCCAAAGAAAUUGCUGAACAGCGCCGUGGACCCUGAAUGCUUCCUGGUACACUUGCCAGCUGCUGCCGCGCUUUACAUAUUGGAUUCCAGGAAACACAGUGCACUACGGCUUCAAAAGGAGAUCAGAGUUGUGUUUUGGCGUUGCCAACGCUGACUCUCUCUCUCUCCCAGCCUGACUCAGCUGGAUUGUGAACUCUUUGGUGGGGAUCAGAGGGAUGAAAUCCACGAUUGAAAAGCAGAACAAUCAAAACGGGCACAUGUGUUCGCAAGACAGAAAUUGGAAACCGUACGACCCUCAUUCCCACGUAUCUUAACAAUCGUACUGCUCCACUUAGUUCUGCACUGUCAUGUUUAACAGCUGCUUUUUAAAGGUGUUAUUUAUGAAUGAACGUGUGCAUCUAAAACUGUCCCCCAUCAGAUAAACGUUAUUGUAAUUUUCUAGAUUCUUUCUGCAGUCAAUGACAUUGUUUUUUUUUUUUUUUGUUUGUUUUUUCAGUGCCAUUCUACCAUUAGGUUGUCCUUUACAGCGCCUUACAAAAAUUCCCGUACCAAAUUUUUACAAUGUAUUUUAUUGGGAAUUCAUGUGAAGACGUCUUCAUAAAAUCUUAAAUGAAGUACACAAAGGUAUAGAGUAUGAGGAAAAAAAGUUUGAGAGGUAUAAAAACACCAUAUUUGGACGUUCCCCACCUCUGAAAUUAUAAUUGUGCUAACUUAGUUCGCUGCCAGAAAGUUAACUGUUAAAAUCGACGUGAAAUUUGAGGAACAAAACCUGCUUUCUUGGAUAAUAUUUUUCUAUGUGAUUGAUAUUGCAUUUUAUGAUAAAGUUUUUCUUUUUUUUUUUUUUUUUCUUAGUUGAUUCAAAUUAAUCAGGUUAUGGCAUAGCAGGGCUGUGGUAGCUGCCUGCAGAAAUGUAUAUGUAUAUGUUUUCCCAGUAAAGAUGCAAUGUCUGGCAUAAACGGUGCCGUCGUCACAGCUGGAGAUCAGAUUGUGUUUUAGAGAGUUGCAGAAUGUAUCACACCCUGGCCUUUUAUUUUGUAUUUAUUAUAUUAAGCCUUCGUCCUCAACAAAUUAAUAUAGUCAUGCAUGAAAAGAUGCUAAAAAA